AUGUACUGGCAAGGCAGAAAGUGACAACUAUUGAUUAUUAUUGACCCUGUAUUUUUUACUGAAUCUCAUUCCAAUGGGGUGGACGUAAACAGGAAUUAUUUAAUUAGUCAUAAAUUGCAAGGUAGUUUUGUGAAGCUCAAGUUUCUGGAUAAAAUUUAAGAACAUAAAUAUUUUAAGAUUUUCGCACAAAGUGAACAAAUCUAGUACAAAAAAUGGCAAUCAAUCCGUGUUGCAUGCCCCUCCAAAGAGGGGUAAUACUUAUGGCGAUCAUUGACGUAAUUUUUGCGGUUGGGAAAUUAAUUGUUACAGCGCUGGAUUUUACUACAAUUUAUCGCGAAUCGAGAAAUAAACCAACGGAGUCAGAAAAAACCGUCUCAAUAAUUGUUGGCAUACUUCUGUUCAUCGUCGCUAUAAUGGGAUUACUUUUAUCUCUCCGACUUUAUUUUGGUGCCAAGAAGCGAGACAUAAAAAACUGCAGGAUUUGGCUGAUCGUAAAAAUCAUUCUAUUUUUCAUUGACGUAAUAUCGCUCAUCGUGACGUACACCGCCGGGGAUGAGGAAUCCGACAAAAAAGUCUCCGUUUUAGUCGUCACGAUAAUCAUUCUCAUUUAUCGCGUUUACAUGAAAUACUGCGUGUACUGUUUCAUCCAAGAGUUGAAAAUGCACCAAGAACGGGCCGGAUUUCAGACGAGAUUGGCCAGUGGGGGAACUGCUGCUUAUCCGAUGGGGACAAUUCCCCCGAACGUGCAUCAACAACCCACGGUUUUUGUGACGGCGACCCCAAACCCAAAUUAUCCUCCUCCGUACGGCGCAAAUAACCAAAUGACCGGAAUAUCGAAUCCAAACUACACCACGACAAAUAAUCUAUAAGGUUGUGGAUAAAUUUAUAGUCUGGCAAAAAGUUCAAAAUUUGCUAACAUUUCUAGUUUUUUGUACAAAUUGGAACGAACGAUGAUUUAUGUCACGAAAUGUGGAUAAUUCAAUUAUUGGUUAACACGUUAGCUUAAGAAUUAUUUAUGUCCGUCAUACGUCUUAAGUAUUUGUUAAUACAAUCAUGAUUAACAGAACAGGAAAUAUUUUCCCCUUUAGUAUUAAAGCCUACAUUUCUUUUACAAUGUGUUGGUAAAAUGGUUUUUAAAUGCAUAAAUCGUUAAUAUACACUAAAUCGAUAACACGGAUCUAACCUUAUGAACUAAAUAUGCACUAUAAGCGGAUCUUUAAUUUAUAAUUGAUAUACCUAAUCUAAAGCUCUAAAAGUCAAAUUCAGAUAAAAGCCGAAAUGAUUGGCUCAUCCGCCGUAAGUGGGUGCUUAGCAUCUACUAAUCUACUGUUGACUAAAUCGUGGAGUCAGUAACAAUGCACUUUUGUGGAGCUCAUCCUCAUUUUUCUGAAUAAAAUAGACUUUCAUAGUUUAAAAUUUUGGGUGAAAGUCGACGAAAAUAGUGUGCAAUGGGAAUUAACCCGUGUUGCAUGUCCCUAAAAAGAGGGGCAACAUUGCUCGCAGUCAUUGACGUUAUUUCUGCGGUUGCAAUAAUAACAAUUACAGCACUACAUUUUGCUCCCAUUUAUCGUGAUGAACCGAAUAUUAAACCGACGGGGACAAGAGAAAAAGUCGCCAUAAGUUUCAGUAUACUGCUCUUCAUCGUCGAAAUAAUUGGACUACUUUUAUCUGUCAUACUUUAUUUUGGUGCCAAGAAGGCGACCGUUUCGCUUAUUGCAUUUUCAGCAGUGCUUUCACCCUUGUUCCAGGAGGCCAUAAAAAACUGCAGGAUUUGGUUGCUCUUAAAAAUCAUUUUAUUUUGUAUCGACGUGAUAUCCCUCGUCGUGAUCUACGUCUACACGGCCGACGUGGAUGGGAAUGCUGAGCACGAUUUUGAUCUCCCAUUUUUAAUUGUUACGAUAACCACGCUCGUUUAUCGAAUUUAUAUGAAAUACUGUAUUUACUGUCUCGCUAAAGAGUUGGAACUUCAGAAAGAACGGGGUGAAAUUCAGCCAAGAUUAGAGGUGCCAGGAGGUGAAAGCUAAUAAAAUUCAAUAAAUUGUGA